AUGGCUACAAUAUUAGUACUCAUAGCCUUGUUCUUGACCACUGCCAAUGGGUUCCGAUGGAGGUCCUUCGAGCCGCCGCCGUCUGACAUGAAGCCGCUACGUCCAAUUGUUGAGCCUGGGACAGUUCCAAUCGGCCCCUUGGGAAAUCAGUGGAUUUAUUCCCCAGAGACGAAAUCAUACGAUCUAACACGGGGCGACAAACAAAGUCCGCCAUUUUCCUUCUCUACUUCCGAGGGGACUUCCAAUGUCACGGUAGUUGUGGCACCUGAGCUGACGACACUCGUCGUCAUCGAUAUGCAAAAUUACUUUCUCCAUCCGUCUUGCAACGACCACCCCAGCGGUCGUGUCGCCGCUCAGAAAACUGUUGAGAUUGUCAAGAAAUGUAGAGAAGUUGGUAUAAAGGUCAUUUGGCUCAAUUGGGGCCUAAUCGACGAAGAUCUAGAUAAGGUACCUGCGGCUCAGAUGCAUAGUUUUCGACAAGGCUUUGCCAAUCCCCUCUCCACGCCGCAGGAUAAACGCUGCGGCUUCGGCUGCGACCUUGGAGGUGGCAUGGGAAGGGUACUCAUGCAAAAUGAGUGGAAUUCUCAACUAUAUAAGCCAUUGCACGAAGUUGCCAGGCCAAAAGAGGAUCUGUUUAUAAACAAAAAUCGAGUCUCGGGUCUGUGGAGCGACGAUAAGGCGUUUUCCCACAUUCUCGAGAAAGAUAAACGUCAGACACUUCUCUUUGCCGGCGUGAACACCAACCAAUGCGUUCUUGGCACCUUGUUAGAUGCUUACUACCGAGGCUAUGAUUGCAUCUUGAUUGAAGAUUGUUGCGCAACAAACACUCCAGGAGGUCAAGAUGUUUCCAUCUUAGACAUCUGGAGAAACUAUGGAUUUGUGACCACCAGUUCAGCGCUCCAAGUAGGCCGACUAGAAUGA